AUGGGAAUAUGGUGCGAUUCAAAAACGAAGAAAACUGUAUUAUCAAAAGAAUCGUUAAACAUUUUGCAGGAAGCGCUUUCACCAAUGGUGCUGUACGCAUUGGAUCGCAUUGCAUCAUUUAAUAUUGUGAAGAAUUUAUAUGUAUUCUGUGAGCUGCAAUCUCAAUUGGUGGGGCCGAUGAUGAAUACAGUGCUAAACGAAAUUGCUUCGGUCGAUGCGAUGGCACUUGGUGUUAUGAACGAUGUUGGUGCUCAUAAUGGUGAAUGUGAUGCGACGCUUCUCAGGGAAUUGUCUGUUCUACUUGAACGUUGUGCCAUAAGCGAUCCUUUCAUGAAGAUAUACAUAAAAAAAGAAACGCCGCAGUUGUUAAAACCGACGAUGUUUCUUAUGCUUCUGGCAGCUACGAGCAAGUUCAACGUGCCAAAAAAGGCCGAUUCUACGGACAUAUCAGCAUUUUGUGCGGGUUUUGCUUGCAUUCUACUGCAAUUCAAUGCCAUUCACGAAUUCUUUGUUUUGUGUGGCACAUAUGUUUCAACGGUGAUACUUACCACUCGUGGAGCUGCAAAACAACCAAGCAUUUUGCCAGCCGCUCGAUUCAUUGCACACUACUCCUCCCUGCCACCGAAUGUAUGA